AUGGCCAGUGUGGAGCCCAGAGGGGAGCCGCAGGGCCUGGAGCAGGACUGGCACCAGAGGAUUUUUGUCAACCGCAGCCUGGCACUGGGGAAGAUUCGCUGCUUUGGCUUCGACAUGGACUACACUCUGGCUGCCUACAAGUCCCCGGCCUAUGAGGCACUGGCCUUCGAGCUGCUGCUGGAGCGCCUUGUGUGUGUUGGGUACCCACACGAGAUCCUGCGCUAUACCUAUGACCCCACCUUCCCUACCAGGGGGCUGGUAUUUGAUGUGCUCUAUGGGAACCUGCUGAAGGUGGACGCCCAUGGGAACGUGCUGCUGGGGGCCCACGGCUUCACCUUCCUCUCGGAGUAAGGGACCAGGGCCCACCCCCUCCCCAGGGCAGAGAUCUGGAGUUUCUACCCCAGCAAGUUCAUUCAGAGGGACAAUCUGCAGCGGUUCCACAUCCUCAACACGCUCUUCAACCUGCCUGAAACCUACCUCUACGCCUGCCUGGUGGACUUCUUCUCCGGCUGCUCCCGUUACACCAAUUGUGACACCGGCUAUCAACAUGGGAACCUUUUCAUGUCCUUCCGAAGCCUCUUCCAGGAUGUGACUGACGCCAUGGAUAACAUCCACCAUUCAGGCUGUCUCAAGGAGAAGACCCUGGAGGACUUGGAGAAAUACGUGGAGAAGGAUGCACGAAUCCCCAUCCUGCUGGGCAAGAUGAAGGAGGUUGGGAAAGUGUUUCUGGCCACCAACAGCAGCUACAACUACACUGACGCCAUCAUGACCUACUUGUUUGGCGUUGGUGAGGCCAAGGCCUCAGCCAGGCCCUGGAGGUCCUACUUCGACCUGAUUGUGGUGGACACGCACAAACCCUGCUUCUUUGCGGAGGGAACGGUGCUGAGACAGGUCAACACGGUAAUGGCAGGGGCUGAGGACUCAGGCAAGCUUCGCGUGGGCACCUACACAGGGCCCCACCAGCACUGUGCUGUCUACUCUGGAGGCUCAUCAGACGUGGUGUGUGAGCUGCUUGGGGUGCGGGGGAAGGACAUCCUGUACAUUGGGGACCACAUCUUUGGGGACAUCCUCAAGUCCAAGAAGCAGCAGGGCUGGCGGACUUGCCUGGUGGUUCCUGAGCUGUCCCGGGAGGUGGACAUCUGGGCCCAAGAGAAGGAGCGGAUGGAGUUGCUGAAAAGGCUGGACAUGCACCUGGCAGACUUAUACCAGCACAUGGAUGGGAGCAGUCGUGGGCUGCAAGUUAUCAACUCCACCAAGAGGGAGAUUUGGAUGCCUCAUGAGUCAGUUGUGGAGCAAGAACGGGCCAAUCUGGAUUGUGCCUCCCACCUCCUCUCCUACAGCCGGAAGGCUGAGGGCAGAGAGAGAGACGAGGACCAGGAGGGAUGCAACAAGGCUGACUGAGUCCCUGACUGAGCCCCAGACACGGGCUGGCAUCACGGGUCAUACUCUACUUGAGACAUUUUUCAGAUAACAGGAAAAGUAUGGAAGAGAGAAAAAGCCACCAUAUUGAAAUCUGAAUUAACAGAUUUGGAGCCUGAGAACACUUCUUUUAGGGAGGAUGAAGGAGUACUGCUCUCAUCCUAGAAGGCAUCCCCCACGGCCUUUGAGCCAUUCGGAAAUGUGUGUAACAAGUGGAAUUAUUUUAUCCAGUUGCCCUGAGCUGCACUGUUUUAUGUCCAAUUUUAUUUCUGUACAUUUUUCAAAAAUAGUAUUUCUGUGCACUCUUGAUUCUGUUACUAGUAAUACCUAAUUGGCUAUAGAUGACCUCAUUAACUUCUUUCAUUCCAGGUCACUAAAAAAGACAGUAAACGAGA